AUGUUUUAUCGGCCGAGUCGAGUAUUGUUUUGUUGGUGGGUAGACGUCAGCGGCAACAAAAACGAGAGGAACAGCAGAAGGAGUUUUGAGGAAGAAAGGGAUUGGGAAGCGAAGGAAUGGAGAGGAACAGGAGGAGAAAGGCAGAAAGAUUUAGAAUUAGGAAGGGAGGAAAAGGAAAGCAUCGCGGGUACUGCACAAGAUGUUUUGGGAUCGGUGCAAAAAUUUUCAGAUGGUUCGUAA